AUGGGAAUCAAGAGACCCUUUGCCGAAGUGGGCUCGCGAGGGGCAGACGACGACAACGGGGCCGACCCAUCAUCCUUGGACAACACCAAGCGACGGAAGCAGCUGGGGAAAGCCAAGCACAAGGCCCGGCAGGGUACCUCCGAGUUUUCAAAGAAACGUGCCCGAAACAUCCAAAGACUGUUGCAGCGCAAGCAGGACUUGCCCGCCAACGUCGUCAAUGACCUCGAGCGGGAGCUGGAGGCCCACAAGGCGGACCUCGACGACAAGGCCUUCCAGAGGAAGCGGAGCGCCAUGAUUGCUAAAUAUCACAUGGUUCGAUUCUUCGAGCGAAGAAAGGCAUCGCGGCUCGUCAAGCAACUCAAACGCCAAAUGGAACAGACGCCCGAAUCCGACGACACGGACCGGCUGAAGCAAGACCUACAUACUGCCGAGGUUGAUGAAGCGUACACUCUCUAUUUUCCUCAUUUAGAGUCAUAUGUCAGCCUCUACGGCAGCGCCCUGUCGGCGGAAGCAGAUGAGGGUGGCAGCAAGACGCCUUCCGCAAAGGUGUCACUGAGAGCCGAAAGGCCGCCAAUGUGGUCUGUCGUCGAGAGAACCUUGGCAGAGGGACCAGAGGCUCUAAGGAGGCUACGGGAGGCGAAGCCGGCAGGCGGCAAGGCAGUGGAGAAGACGCCGAAGCGUCAGCAGCUCAAGGUCUCUGCGACAGCGUCCAACGCCGGGGGACCGCCGCCGCCGCAGAAGCAACAUAAAGAGAAGGGGCCGUCCAGAAAAGACGGCAAGACUGGCGUGCCAAGUACCAAGGACGGCGCCGCGCCACAGCUCAAUCGCCGAGAGAGGAGACGGCUUAUGCAUCAGGCCAAGGCCGCGACUGAGGACGAGGACGGCGAGGACGGCGGCGGCUUUUUCGAGGACAUGUAA